AAUGCUGAGUACGUUAAAUUGGCAGAUUAUUGCGCACCUGUGCCAGGGGGUCCAAAUUAUAAAAAUUAUGCGAAUGUUGAUAUUAUUGUGCAAAUAGCAAUUGAACAUGAGGUACAGGCUGUAUGGGCUGGAUGGGGCCACGCAUCAGAGAAUCCAGACCUUCCAAAUUGUUUGAAUGAACAUGGUAUUAUCUUUAUGGGGCCUCCUGCUAAAGCAAUGUGGACACUCGGAGACAAAAUUGCCUCUAGCAUUGUCGCUCAAACGGCUGAUGUCCCAACAUUACCAUGGUCUGGAUCUGGUGGG